AUGGCACGUGGAAAGUUGAUCGUGCUCGAAGGCCUAGACCGCGCGGGCAAGUCGACGCAAUGCCAGAUGCUAGUCGAAGCGCUGGAGGGGGAUGGUGUUAAAGUGAAGCACAUGAGGUUUCCCGAUCGGACGUCGCCGAUCGGACAAAUGAUCAACAGCUACCUGAGCGGACAGAGCGAGCAGGAGGAUCAUGUCAUUCAUUUACUAUUCUCAGCCAACCGUUGGGAAGCCGCACCAUCUAUAGAAGCCGACCUCGCUGCUGGAACCACUAUAAUAAUAGACCGCUAUUACUACUCUGGCUGCGUGUACAGCGCAGCAAAGCAAAAUCCCGCCCUCUCACUAGCCUGGUCGCGCCAUCCUGAAGUUGGCCUGCCUAGACCCGAUCUCGCAUUGUUCCUUGACAUCUCGGUGGAAGAUGCAGCGAAGCGAGGUGGAUAUGGAACAGAGAAGUACGAGAAAAAGGAGCUUCAGGAUCACGUAAGGCGGCUGUUCGAUGUAAUGAUGCAGAGCCAGGAGAAGGACGAUUUUGUACGUAUCAAUGCCGGAGCAAGUAUGGAGGACGUGCAGCAGAAAAUCUGGGAGGAGGUGCAUAAGGCGAUGAAGAGGGUCGAUGACGAGCAGUCACCGCUUAGGUUCGUAGAGUCAUGGUGA